AUGGCUGAUGGACCACCACCACCACCCCCUCCCCCUCAUGGCACUCCGCCAAAAUCAUCCGGUCUACCGCCAGGGAAUUAUGACAUUUUUAUCAUUCCACCACAUGCGUCAGGUUCAGGAUUUCUCUACUUGCCCUCACUGCAACCAAAUGUUAAUAGUUUCGUAGCGGGGUUUGCUUCAGCUCUUGUGCUUGUCGCACUAACUUUCAUAUUAAAACCACUCAUGGAUUCCAUGAAAGGAGGUGGAGGGCCAGCAACCUUGAUUUUGAUGGUUGCAAUUGGGUUGGGAGCUUGGGCACUAGGGCGGAUGCAAUCGAACGGUGAGACCAGGCCCGGACCAAGUCAAGGAUCGGGUGCACCUCCGCAUGGUGGAUCAUCUUCAGGUGCCAAUAAUAACACAUAUUCCAAUGGAUCAGCUUCAACUGGUGGGCCACGAACUUCAGGAACUGGAUUUUCACCUGGAUCCACAUCAGAGGGGGCUGGGGGACCUCCACCUAAUCCGCAGGCCGGAUCUGGCGCAAGAAAAAGAUCAAGUGAAGGUUGGGAACAAACUCCUCCUCCUUCGCCUGAUGCCGGUCCAGAGAUGCCGGGCGCAACACCAAGGUACAGUCCUGGCACAACCCCUGGCGCAAACGAUGACACUCGAUCGAAAGAAAAUGCCUCGAGGACGGCGUGGGAAGAGGCUCGAGAGAGGACUAGAAGGAAGGAAGAGGAGAGAAAGAAGGUAGAGGCCGAGAAGAAGCGAAAGGAAGAUUUGGAAAAGAGAUUGAGAGAGUUGCGAGCAAAAGAAGCUCUGGAACGAGCUACCCGCGAGAAAAAACAGAGGGCCGAACGCGAAGCUAGGGAGCAAAAGGAAAGAGAGGAACGAGAAGCAAGGGAGCGAAAGGAGAGAGAGGAACGGGAAGCCAAGGAACGAAGAGAUAGGGAAGAGCUGGAGGCUCGGGAGAAGAGAGAACGAGCAGCCCGAGAGAAGGAAAGAGGGGAACGCGAAAGGUUGGCGAAGUUGGAGAGGGAGGAUCAACAGGCUCGAGAGAGAAAGGCAAAGGCGGACCGCGAAAUUCGAGAACGAAUAAAGGCAGAAACAGAGCGAAUCAAGGCAGAAGCAGAGGCUAAAGCAAGAGCGGACUACGAUAGAAGACUUAGAGAGGAAAUAGCUAGGAGGGAGGCUCUAAGGAAAGAAGAGGAAGCCAGGAGGGAGGUUUUAAGGAAGGAAGAGGAAGCAAUUAAGAAAGAGCAAGAAAAAUUACGACUAGAAGCUAUUGCUAGAGUAGAAGCCGACAAGAAAGCCAGAGCAGACAAGGAAAAAGCAGACGCGGAGGCAAAAGCAAAGGCGGAAAAGGCAAGAGCUGCUGCGAAAGCAUGGGCAGAUGCUAAAGCCGCAGCGGCAGCAAAACGUGAGGCCAAAGCCAAAGAAGAGCGCGAGAAGGAAGUAGCGGCGCAAAUACGUGAGGUCAAACUUAAGGAGGAACGCGAGAAAGCAGCCGAAAUAGCAGCUCAAAUGAGGGAACUCAAACUCAAGGAAGAGCGUGAAAGGGCAGCCGAAAUAGCAGCUCAAAUGAGGGAACUCAAGCUCAAGGAAGAGCGUGAAAGGGCAGCCGAAGUAGAAGCGCAAAUAAGAGAAGUCAAACUCCAAGAAGAACGUGAAAGGGCAGCCCUAGCCGCACUCGCAGCGGAACGGAGAAAACCGAAUACGUAUUCGAAUGCUGGAGUGGGGGAGAGAAUAAGCCCUUGGCCAAAUGGAAAACCGCCCACAACAACUCCCGCUCCCCCCACUACCAGCUCUAUACCCCGACCUCAAGCACAAUCCACCGCAUUCAAGAAACCCCCGGUCUCAACUGCAAGAACGUAUGCAGGUACCGACAAGGAUGCCCAGUCCCACUCACCUUAUGCACAAACGCCAAGACCAGCCCGAAAAAAGUCACUCAGUUCCUUGUAUUCCGAAUCCUCAUACGCGGCCUCACAAUCGACGAGUAGAACCACCCCACCUCCUUCCACACGAGCAGCAUAUAGCACCAAGGAUCCGGAUAAAAUUGUUAUCAAAGGUGUAUUCGCAUUCAAUAAUGCAUUCCACAAAACUCCUACAUCUCAACUUCUAUCUGGUGUCGGUUCUGUUACCGACGGACUAAUAUUAAGAAUCACAACAGAGGGUCUCUUCAUUGAUGACGAUGUACGAGGUGUCGCUCAACGAGAGUGGGAUGUCAAAGCAUGGACAAUGAAACUCGUAGAGGUAUGGUGCCCAUCUUUCAGACAAGCAUCGCGUGUUCCUCCCGCUACCACUGCUCACAAAAAUCCCGUUCGACGCCUUUGGGGUCUCGAUAAAGAAUUAGCAGCAAGUGAAGAAGAAAAAGACGCUCUUCUAGUUAGUAUGCUGCAACUCUGCCGGGAUAAUUGUCGCGCGCGUGCCAUUUCUAAUUCUUCCACUGCGCAUUCUGCUAGUGGUUCUGUCUAUUCUGCCAGUUCUUAUGCUUCAUCUGAUACUAGAUCGUCUGUCUCAUCUGAUUAUGCUGAUUCCAUUGGGUCGUCUAAUUCUCCUUAUGGCGAGAAAUCAAAGAGAACCACUAACCAUAAUGCGCAGACUGGUGAGAAUAAAACAGCUGGUCUGCAUAUUUUGAGGGCGAGCAUUAGGGACCAAGAAGGCAAAAAGUAUGUCUUUGUGGUUCAAGAAAGUGAGGCUUGGAAGGUAGCAUUAGGGUUACAGAGAUUGAGGAGGGGAACCCAAGUGAGAAGUUUAGGUGUUAGUGGCAUGAGCCCUAAUGAUGCAAAAGCUACACUGGAUAACUUGGGAUGGUUUUGA